GCUGGUGACUCCAACAGGGAUGCAGUGAUACCAGCGGAAGGAGCUGCAGCAGUCUUUAGGAGGAGGGGAAGCUCUGAACCUGUGUCUCCUCUAUUCCCCUGACGCUCCCAUGACUUGCUUUUUCUCCUGAGGAAAAGGAGAGCCUCAUGACCAGCUGUGGAGAGUCACCUCCCUUCGUAGGGGAAAAAAAUGGGGAAGGAGAGAGGGAGAAAAUAUGUACUCAAUACAUUUAUAACCUGCCUUUCCUCCAAUGAGUUCAAGCCUGCAUAUUUACCUCUCCUCUUCCCUGUGCAAGCUUUGGAUGAUGGGAAAUGUAGUCUGAUACCUGGUGAGCCACAUGCUCCCAUGAUGUAUGGAUUGCAGCGCGAGGAGUGGCUAUUUGGGCUGCCCAAGUAACUCCGAAGAGUGGAAACUGGACAAGUUCAAUAUCUGGGUGAGCAAUUUUGACACGGAUUUCGAUAACAGUCCUGCUCCCAUCAUGAUGAAACCCCUGAAAGUUAGCCGAAGAUUUGACAACUUCUUAUCCAGGCAUUGGAAAGCCAUUCAGAACCACUGAACCUCUUUGGCAGGAGGACAUAUUCCGUUGCGGCAGGCGAUUCCCUCGGGAUUUCAGCGGAGACCACCGCUGCUCUCAUCCUGCCACCCCUGCUUUGCUACACAUGGACCCAGCAAUACCCUGGAUGGCAGAUUGGGUGCCCUACUUCCAACUCGCUGCUCCUCAAGUGCGGACUCAGAUCCCCAGGGACUUGAUGGUGGUAUCAUUCUACGCUCCUGCCUGGCAUUGACCCAGACUGGUUGGCAUCCUGGAUCCAGCAAUACAGAAGAAACCUGAUAGCCAUCCCUUGAACCAGUGUGUUGACCAGGCAUCAUGUCAGGAGAUUACGAUGAAGACAGACACCGGCGGGCAAUGGAGCUUCUUCACGUGCUGUGUGCCAACACGUGUGCGGCCCAGGAGCGUGAGAAGUGCCAGGAACUGACAGGCCAUGUGGGUCCCAUGAACUCAGAGAUCCUGGUCAGUCUCCUCUCAGUGAUUGUGACCUUCUGUGGCAUCGUGCUCCUGGGCGUCUCCCUGUUUGUCUCAUGGAAGCUGUGCUGGAUCCCCUGGCGGGAUAAAGGGGCCGCGUCACAAUCCCAGCGCAAGGAGCACCUCCUCCAUGCUCACCUCCAUCACUCCCCUUUCGGAGAUCUCCUGGCGGAGCGGGUGGAGCUAGGCCCUGAGAUGCCUGAGAGGUCCUACCUCGACAUGGAUUCCUACCCGGAGGCCAACCUCAAGGUCAGCCAGACCUCUCCAGACCUCCCCGUAGAAGGCCAGACCGGGACCAAGGAAGGCACCAUCCCCAAUGCCCACUCCCACCAGCAAGUAGCAAGCUUGGCACCCACGCCCAGGUACAACACACUGCCACGUCCUGUGACCCAGCAGCUGAGCAGCCCAGACACUGGAGUCCACAUCGGAGGGGAGGAAAAGGUGGAACAAGUGACCAGCAUUGGGCAAAUCAAGCCAGAAUUGUAUAAACAGCGCUCAGGUGAGUCGGACUCCAAGAAAGGAGAGGCUCAGAGCUGUGGGCGGCUAAGCUUUGCCUUGCGCUACGCCUACAGUACGGAGCAGUUAGUGGUGAGGAUUCUCCGGGCCUUGGACCUACCCGCCAAAGAUGCCAACGGCUUCUCCGACCCCUAUGUGAAAAUGUACCUGCUCCCCGACCGGAAGAAGAAGUUCCAGACAAAGGUGCAUCGCAAGACGCUGAACCCUGUUUUCAAUGAGACUUUUAACUUCAACGUCCCCUUUGCCGAGCUGCCCUCCCGCAAACUCCACUUCAGUGUCUACGAUUUUGACCGCUUUUCCCGUCACGACCUCAUUGGCCAGGUAGUUCUGGACAACCUGCUGGAGAUUGCUGAGCGGGACAAUGACACGCCUCUUUGGAGAGACAUCAUGGAAGCCAGUUCGGAAAAAGCAGAUUUGGGGGAGCUGAAUUUCUCCCUCUGUUACCUGCCCACAGCCGGACGUCUCACAGUCACCAUCAUCAAGGCUACCAACCUCAAAGCCAUGGAUCUGACUGGAUUUUCUGAUCCUUAUGUUAAGGCCUCCCUUAUGUGUGAAGGACGACGAUUGAAGAAGCGCAAGACAUCCAUCAAGAAGAAUACUCUUAACCCCAGUUACAAUGAGGCCCUUGUGUUCGACAUCCCCCAGGACAGCAUGGAGCACGUCAGCAUCACAUUGGCAGUCAUGGAUUACGAUUGCAUUGGGCACAAUGAAGUCAUUGGGAUGUGCCGAGUGGGCAGUGAUGCCGACGCACCUGGAAGAGACCACUGGGCUGAGAUGCUGGCAAACCCGCGUAAACCCAUUGAACACUGGCACCAGCUGGUGGAGGAAAAAACUUUGAACAUCUACAUCAACAAGAAUCCUCCAGCAAGGGACAAACCCAGUAUUGUUGUAGAAACUGUACAUUCGGAUUAAGGUGGACCAGCCAGCCCUUUGCCACCAGGGACUGGUUCCAGCGACGUGCUCUUGGAACUUUCUGGACUGUUUGUUUCCUCUGAUCUACACUGGAAGAUGUGCCAACGGGGGCAUCUGAGACCGGGUGGCAAGAUUCUGCCCUUCCUCAAUCUCCAUCUCCCCCAGGAAGUUGCUGCCUGUUGCAUUUUUUUUCUGAAGCCAUAAAGGCAGCCACGAAAGAGCAUUUUUAAAACGGGAUGGGGCGCGUGUUAUCAGUUGUCGGGUGUGGAAAGAGCCUUUCCCCCCUCAUCUUUUUACAAGGAGUGGGCCAGGGUCAACUUUUGUGACGUGCAUGUUUUGCGGGAAGUCUCUGUUCUGGAGGAAGAGUCAGGCUGAAAGCUUUUGAGGGCGUCACUCUUUUGUUCCGACAGAGAUUCUGUGGCUUUAAUAAGCUGCAUGGCUGGCAGAAGUCCAACAGAUACAACUUCUCUGUUGGGAGUUCUGAUUCUUAGAGCCACAGAUUUCUCUAUCAGGGGAAAAUAGAGAGUGGGGGCAUUAUUUUGCUGUUGGAAGCUGUCCUCCCAUCAUUGCAAGAAGCCCUUUUCUCAGCUGUGAAUUUAGAACAAAGUUAACUGAGGUCUUUUGUCGAGGGGGUGCUCCAAACUCUCUUAGUCUCAUCAUGAUAGACCUUUUGGGAAAUUGGGAAUUAUCUUUCUUGCUGCCCAAGCUGGAUGGGGUAGGGUGGUUUCCUCCAUUUUGCCAGCAUGCAUGCAGGAUCCUUUGCCUCAAUCUGCAUGAACCUCCAACCUCGGAGGAGGAGGAGGGAGACCAGGGAAUGGUGGAACUUCCUUCCCCCAACACUUCGCCUGGAGAGACAGCUUUGGAAGUGGCGCUAAAGGACUACGCAACAGUCAUGCCCUCCCUUCCCUCUCCGCCCCAGUGUCGAAGAAUGAUCACGACGUUCCUUGACACGAAUCGGAAAAGGGCUUGAGACAUUUUCAAGAAAAAGGCUCCACGAUGGAGAACAUUUAAGGCCCAGCUCGUCUCUUGUUCAAAGCCAGAUUUGGGCCUAUUGGACCUCCCAACAUAGGCUGCAGAUUCUGGACUAUUCUGUGUAUGCGUGUGUGUAAGUGUAUGGGGGUAAAAGUGUGUCUCGUUCCCUCCUUCCCUAAGCCUAGUUGAUUUUGGUUCUUCUGGGGGUUUGCAUGGUUGUUCGCUGCCUACUUUAGGUAGGGGAGCCAUUCCCAGACUUCAUCUGGGAGAGUGCUGGGUCAGAGAACCUAGGUGUCCUAGUUCUGCUCCCACUUGUGUUGCGCUGUCCCUAUUUACCCCUGUUUCUUCUUGUUUGGAAUGUCGAUUUUUUUCAUUUGUUUUGUCUCGCCCUCCCUCCCGCACGUCCAUUUGUCAUUUUGUCUUUUGAGAUUUUGUCCUGUUUAUGGUUGGUUUGGGGUUGGUUUGUUUUUUCUCGGUGUGUGAAACGAUGUAGGGGGGAAGGGGACAAAAAAAGGGAAAACAAAACCAGCCCUGCUUCCUAAACCUCUGUCCCCCUUUUUUUGGGAAAAGCCAUAUACCUCCCCCCAUUGCUUGGGGACGACCCCACCAGCAUCAGUGGGGGAGGGGAGGGGGCCGGAAGGUGAUCUCUCUUUGCAAUAGGUUUGGAAACUGAAGCUGCUGCUAAACCGUGAUAUCAAUAAAACUGGAGGAAAAAAAUGUAA